AUAGCAAAACCUACUCCAACCGUUAAAUUAGCACCGAUGCAGCAAAAUGUAAAACGUUUGCAUGAGUUAUUCACAAUUGAAAGGUGUUGAAAAACGGGCUUUUCCUCUGAAGAUUACCAUCCCACCGUGACGUCUGGUAAAAUACUAUUAGGGUUGAUCCAGUCUCUUAACUGCAAGAAGACGACCCCAGUGCAAUAUUGGCUGAUUUUGGUGAACUAUAACCAUUUUAUCUUUAAGCUCCUGUAAGUCGUGGGGCGAAGUUCUGCGUUCUGAGAGGGUGCUGCUGGAGUUGUAGUUUUUGCUGAAAGCACUCAAGACACCUGCCCGCACACACUGGCCCUGCCCUCAGUGUCAAAGACUGACAGACGACUGCCCUGCACACAGACGCUAUGGAUCGGUCCCCCACUACCACCAGCCUGAUGGCCAGCAAUGUGACCAACAAGACAGACCCGCGCUCGCUCAACUCACGGGUCUUCAUUGGAAACCUCAACACGCUGCUGGUCACCAAGGCUGACGUGGAGGCCAUCUUCAGCAAGUACGGCAAGAUUGUGGGUUGUUCUGUGCACAAGGGCUUUGCUUUCGUCCAGUUCGCCAAUGAGAGGUGUGCCCGGGCUGCUGUAGGGGGCGAGGAUGGACGGAUGAUCGUGGGACAGGUGCUGGACAUUAACUUGGCUGGAGAACCCAAACCCCACAGGUCAAAGACGACAAAGCGUUCGGCCGGAGACAUGUACAGGUCUGAUUCAAUUAGUCCCACAUUUGAUUUGGACUAUGACUUCCAGAGAGAUUACUAUGACCGAGUGUACUCCUACCCGUCCCGCGUGCCCCCCCCUCCACCACCCACCCUGUCCCGUGCAGUGAUCCCUUCCAAGCGCCCACGGGUCAGCAUGACUGGGGGGGGGAGCCGCCGCACAAAGGCCAGUUUCUCCUCGUCCAAGAGCAGCCAGAGAGCAUCCUCAAGAACAAUGAAAACCGAUGACCUGCAGACCAUCAAAAAGGAGCUGACACAGAUUAAACACAAAGUAGACUACCUGCUGGAGAGUCUAGACCGCAUGGAGAAGGACCACGGAAAGAAAUCAGAUGGGAAGGGUGCAAAACCUGAACCUGGUGAGGUCUCAUCACUGCAGCACUCAAGCAACAAGAAGGAGGAGAGCAUUAAGAGGGAGAGAGAGAGGGAGAGCCAGGAGCUUAACGACUCUGAGGAGGAGGGUGACCUGUUAGAGGAGGAGGAGGAGGAGGUGAAGAGUCAAGAAAGGGAGGAAGAUGAUGAAGAGGAUGAGGAAGAGGAAGGGGAGCAUGUGGAUGGAGAUGACGACGGUGACAGCGUCAACGGAGAUGAGGACUCUUAAAACGGAUCGAUGCGCACCUGUACAAACAUACAUGGUUUCCAGUGGAACCUCCCAUCCUAUUUUAAUUCCUACACUACUAUUACUGAGGACAACAAACACCCACCAGCCCCCUUCCACUUUCCCACAGGUCUUUUAAUUUUAUUGUUUCCAUUUAGGUCCCAUUUCAGCCCCUUCCUAUCAUUGUGUUAAACAUUUAUCAUCAUACUGCAGCCAGGUACGUAGGAACUACAGUAGCUGUAGGUAAGGGUAUGAUGUGAUUUGCUGUGCUGCUGUUCCUCUUUUUGACCAGCAGGGAGCAGAAAUGUGUUUCCGACCAGAGUCACAGAUUGAACCAUCAGACUGGCUUUAGUAUUACUGGUUAUCAAGAGAUUACAACUUUAAAGAUUCAGUUAACAUUUGAAAAACUUUUUUAUUUAGAAAUUGGCCUUGUAUGUUCCUUAUUUUCAUGUCAUUUUUUUAUACUACUCGGUUUAAGUUGUACUGUAAUAAUAAAUUUCAAUUAAAUACUCAAUUGGGCAAACGCA